AUGCUUUACGUCGUUGCCCCAUACUAUUCUGCCAUUUUCAGAAGCACGAAGCUUAUCCAGCGGACAGGAAAGAGUAGUCUUAUCAACGCGCUGCUGCACACAGAAGGUCUGGCUCUAACAGAUGUAUCUGGCAAAGCUGUCACAGCAUUUCCGACCGAAUAUCGAUAUCGCGAGGAACAUCAAGAAGCUAAAUUCGUCAUCAAGGCAGAAUGUUUCACCGAUAGUGAAUUGGAUGACCACAUCCAAGAACUCUUGGACGAAUACAGACAGCCUUAUAUGGCUAGCGCAAAGGAGCUUUCGGAGGUCGAGUACAAGAUGGCUGAAGACAAAUCUCAUGCUGCAAAACAGGUUUUCGAGACAGUCUUUGGAAACACAGAGAUGUUCUUCCACGACACAGGUGACCAUUACAGUGAUCUUGAUCUCGAAUCAAUGAAGGAUCAAUCUGAGGGCGCCUACGAUAGAAUUCUCCCUCAGCUCCAGCACUUGAGUCGGACUUUGAAGUGGCCAGAAGAUAUGGCAGAUGGUCUCUGGGAAGACAAGAGCGCCACAGCGGUGAGGGUCAGUGAGCUUCCCCAACCUUGGAUCGAUAGCGGGCUGUGGGUUUUUGUCAAAAUUGCGCGGGACGCUUCCAUGACAAAUGCAGUAUGCGUGGUGCUGAGCCUAGAUCUACUAGCAUUUACCUCGAAUCCGAUCUUCUCAAGGCUGGAAUUAUCUUUGCUGAUUUACCAGGACCACGGCGACAUGAAAGAUCUCGAAAAGCAUGUAAGCAAAGACCUGCUCGACAAGGUGAAAGAUCAGCAAAACCAACUUUCGAACAAUCGGGACAAGCUGAGUGUUUCUGAGUGGAUGAAAGCUUGUGCUGAAGUCAAGAUCAAGUACAAUACCCUUUUAUUCUCAUCUCGAAAUGAGAGAGUUGAGACCCAAUUUAAGGAUAGGUAUGCCGCAGACUUCAAGGAAUAUAUUCCUGCUCUCUUUUGUGUUGACAAUCGCGACUAUCAUACUUGUCGCAAUGAACAGGAAGCGAUUCUGAGUGGCAUUCCGAAGCUCAGAAUGUUCUGCUAUGAAAGACCGGCAAAGGCACAAUUCAAGUCGGCCCAUCACUAUAUCUGGACAGAGCUUCCGUCGUUGAUCUCGUCUAUCAAGAUCUGGGUCCAAGCGGCUCGAAGUCCUGUGAAACAGAACCUUGCGUCUGCAGAGUCUUUGUUCAAUGAUUUCGAUAAAAUCGAAACGGCUUGGCGUGAAGUCAUAGAAAACGCUUUUGGCGGUAUGCUAAGCAACUGUGGUGUGCUGAUACUCUCCAGCAAUUGUCUUCUGCGAAUACUCAUUUUUCCAGAUGAGAAUUUGCAGGAGAUCAUCGAACGCGCAGUCACAACUUGUGAAUGCCAGGGAAAGAUGCAUCAUUGUGCGAGUUUCUAUACCUUUGGGCAUCUCAAAAGCUUACAAAGAAUAGCCUCAUACCGCGCAUUUAUCAGAAAAAACGGCACACACCAGACGAAGACCGUUGGCAAAAGAAACUGGAAUCGCGAAUUGAACGAAGACGCGAAUAUCGUCCUUGCAGACGAUUGGAAGAGCUUGGAUGAGCAGAUAGCUACUGGUAUCCAGUGGUACUUGAAGCGUGUCAAGGAGUCUAUGGAUAAGAUCAUAGCAAGUGCCAUCGAUACCAUGGCACCACAAGAAUUCAUCCGAAACAUGCGAGGGCGACAAACUCGUCUUCAUUUCAAACUCGAUAUCGAGUUUGGGGAGUUUAGAAUGGAUUUGGGGGCCACCAAGAGGAAUGCAACUGCCGGGGAUGAAGCAUCCCAUUUUAUGCAAUCCUCACUCUGGCAAGCUGUUGAUCAAAUGAUGUCUCUAGGUGCUGGUGUAAUAGCCCGAAACCGCGAACGGAUCCUCGAGCACGUUACCUCUGGACUUUUCGAUGAGCUCUUCAGGAAGAUAAACACGAAUCUUGGCGAGCUCGCUCUCAAGCAUUUGAACAGUAUUGCUACCAUACGCGCUGAAAUCUCCGAUGCGAUUGACGCUGAUAUAUCGGUCAUGACCGCUCCUGAUACUGCGGUAUUUGAGAAGCACCCUGAAUUUGGACAGAAAGUCGUACGAAUGCUCAGCACGGCCAAGAAGUCUUUAGAAUUGCUGCAAAAUGCGGCGGCUCGACCAGUGGCUUGGGCGCACCAACGUGGAUACAUCCAAGACGUUUGA